UCUACGUGUAAAAAUGAUCGCACCUGCUAAAUUUUGAAAAAUUGACAUAAAGUCCGGAUGCAUGCACGUGCCUUUAAAAAGGAAUUUUGAUUUUUUAGAGGAUCAGGAAGUGGAAAAAAGUUCGCUCAGACGAGCCAAAAGAAAACAAACCGUGCCCAUGGUUACAGCUGGUGUAAUCAAAACUGCUACAUAGUCCCAAAAAAAAUCUGUUAGGUUUUCAAAUUGUGGACUGGAGUAAUCGCCCUUGAAUAUUUUUCAAAAUGAGCAAUCUGCCGCCAGACUAUUAUGAAAAAGACAGACCUCAUCCUCAUAGACAAAGAGGUUCGCAACCACAUCCGUAUGGACAAAGAGGUCCACAGCCACAGUCGUAUGGACAAAGAGGUCCGCAGCCACAUCCGCAUGGACAUGGAGGGUCACAACCAUAUGAACAUAUGGCUUUCAGUCAACUAUAUGAUCCGGGUCAAAUGAAUCCCCAGCAACAGCAACAAUACGGCCAAUAUCCGCAACCAAUGGUGAUGCAUCCCCAACAGCACACAUCCACUACCGUGAUCGUCCAGCAACCGACUGCCGUUCAGAACGACCGUAUUCUCGGCCCUAAAGACGGACACAGAGAAUGGAGCAGCGGACUUUUCUCUUGUUGUGAUGAUGUUGGAAAAUGUAUGUGGGCAUGGUGCUGCAUGAAUUGUGUACUGGCUGAUAUAUCCGCUAGGCUUGGAGAAUGUUCUUGCGUGACAUGUUGUGUUCUGGGGGGACUUACUACUAUCCGUGCACGUGUUCGAACUCUUGGUGGUAUCAGGGGAUCGAUCUGUAAAGAUUAUUUGGCUACAGCAUGCUGUUCCCUUUGUGCCAUUUGCCAGCUACAUCGAGAACUAGAUUAUAUGGGACUCUAAUCUGAAUAUAAUAACUAAAUCGAGAACUUGAAUAGAUGGGACUUGCAUAUUCAUUAUAUGCCUAUAUUAAAUUUUGUCAAAAAUGCAGCUUGUAUUUCACAAGUUAAUGUGAACAGGCAGACAAAUAAUUUCGAAUUAUAUCUUUUGUAUUGUAUGUUGCUGACUACUUUCAUUUAAUAUACAUAACCUGAAACACUUCUAAAUAGCCGCUCAUAAAAACUUCACUCACUUUUAUUUUAACAUCGACAAAGAUUUAAUAUUUUCUUCGAAAACAAAACAACAAACAUAAAGGUGGAGGUAUUUAUCAAAAGGGUCAUUACAACAUUAGCUAGAUCUGGGAUUUGAUAUGCAAGGACGGAUCACACUCGGUGCUUGCGCGCCUAGUGAGAUCCGACAUUGCGAAAUUCACUCGAGCCGUAUACAGCACACCAGAUCGAGCUAGUAUUAUAAUAACUGUAUUGUAUUUUUAGCCCACCAUCAUCAGAUGGUGGGCUAUUCAAAUCACUCUGCGUCCGUGGUCCGUCGUCCUUCCGUCCGUCCGUACUUCCGUCCGUUAACAAUUUCUCGUUAUCGCAUCUCCUCAGAAACUACCAGGGGGAUUUUGACCAAACUUUGUCAAUAUGAUGUAUUGGUACCCUAGUUGUGUCCCCCUGAAAAUCAGACUGAUUCAACAAUUUUUGAGUGAGUUAUGGCCCUUUGUUUAUUUUUAUAAUUUACGUAGAUUUAUGUAGGGAAAACCUUUAAAAAUCUUCUUUUUCCAAACAACAGGGCCUAGGGCUUUGAUAUUUGGUAUGAAGCAUCAUCUAGUAGUCCUCUACCAAGAUUGUUCAGAUUAUCUCCCUGGGGGUCGAGUAUAGCUCCGCCCUGGGGGUCACAUGGUUUACAUAGACUUAUAUAAGGAAAAGCUUUUAAAAUCUUCUUGUUAAUAACCUACAACAUUCAGAUUUGGACCACAUGUAUGGUUUUGAGUGGCAAGAUGAACCUUGACAUGAGUUGACCUUGAUUUUGACCUAGUGACCUACUUUUACAUUUCUGUAGCUGCAGCCUUCAAAUUUGGACCACAUGCAUAGUUUUGUGCACUGAAACACUUUGACUUUGACAUUGACCUAGUGACCUACUUUCACAUUUUUGAAGGUACAGGCUUCAAAUUUGGAACAAAUGCAUAGUUCUGUGUUCCGAAAUAAAAUUUGACCUUGAUUUUGACCUAGUGACCAACUUUCAAAUUUCUCAAGCUACAGCCUUCAAAUUUGGACAACAUGCACAGUUUUGUGUACCAAAACAAACUUUGACCUUGACUUUGACCUAGUGACCUACUUUCACAUUUUUGAAGGUACAGGCUUCAGAUGUAGACCACAUGCAUAGUUCUGUGUUCCGAAAUAAAAUUUGACCUUGAUUUUGACCUAGUGACCUACUUUCACAUUUCUCAAGCUACAGCCUUCAACUUGGACCACGUGAACAGUGUUGUGUACGGAGAUGAAAUUUGACUUUGAGCUAGUCAAUAAGUCUUGAAAUUUGGAACACUCAAAAAUGGCACAUUGGUGGGCGCCAAGAUCACUCUGUGAUCUCUUGUACUCUUGCCUUCAAAUUUGGACCACUUGUAUAGUUUUGUUUACUGAAAUGAAUUUUGACAUUAAGAUUGAACUAGUGACCUACUUUCACAUUUCUGUAGCUACAGGCUUCAAAUUUAGACCACAUGCAUAGGAUUGUGUACCCGAAAAAACCUUGACAUAGACCUAGUGACCUACUUUCACAUUUUUGAAGGUACAGUCUUCAGAUUUUGACCACAUGCAUAGAUUUGUGUUCUGAAGUGAAAUUUGACCUUGUGACCUAUUUUCACAUUUCUUAAGCCACAGCCUUCAAAUUUAGACCACUUGCAUAGUUUUGUGUACUGAAAUAAACUUUGAUCUUAAGAUUGUCCUGGUGAACGACUUUCAAAUUUCUCAAACUACAGCCUUCAAAAUUGAUGCACAUGCAUAGUUUUAUGUACAAAGAACUUUGUCCAUAAUAUUGAUCUAGUGACCUGCUUUCACAUUUCUCAAGCUACAGCUUUCAAAUUUGGACCACAUGCAUGGACCACAUGCACAUUGUUGAGUACGGAAAUGAAAUUUGACUUUGCGCUAGUCAAUAAAUCUUGAAAUUUGGAAAACUCAAAAAUGGCACAUUGGUGGGCGCCAAGAUCACUCUGUGAUUUCUUGUACAAAUACAGCGAGAACUCAAAUGUAUUCGGGAUUUUAAUUUGUAUUUAAGAAUGUAUGAAACUUUAACCUGUAUUUAACAGAUAAAUAUAUUGUCGGUUACUUGUUGUCUUUUAGUGGUGAUACAUUAUAUCAUAAUCAACUCUAUGUUUCCAGUAUUUCAUGUUCUUCAGAAAAAAAUAUACAGCAGAACCGUGUUUUAAUAUAUCGAAAAAAAUACGACGUGGUUAGUCCCCUGCAGAAUCAUUACGCGCGGCAUAUAACUAAUUCGGAGUGUUUAGGUAAGUUGAAACACGGACCUAGCUGCUAUAUGUUUUUUUAUGAUUCUAAUAUGUCUUUAAUGUAACCAACUGCUGAAUUAGUGAAACAUAUUUCAUGGCUCAUUUAUGGAGCAAAAUUUAGUAGGCCGACGUGAAGUCAACGCAAAAUCAUGUUUAUUUUAGGAUCCUUUUACAUACAUGUAUACAUAUAAGUGUUAAAUUACGGGAGGUAACACAUCAGAGGAUGAUUCUAAUAUGUCUUUAAUGUAACCAAAUGCUGAAUUAGUGAAACAUAUUUCAUAAAUCAUUUAUGGUGCAAAAUAUACUAGGCCGACGUGACGUCAACGCUAAACCAUGUUUAAAAGUGUUAAAGAACGGGAGAUAACACAUCCCGAAGAAUAACUUAGAGGUAGUCUAGUGAGUUAUCCUGCGCGUUAAUAAUAACAACAAAGUCCGUUCAGAUAAACAUGUCUAUUCUGAAACGUCUCUUAUACAAAAUUGUAGCACUCUUUCCAAGCUCAAAGAACAUCAAUAUUGCCUUUCUGCAUGUUUUGUUCCGUAUUAGAACUAUUGUAUCUACUGUUUACUCAGUGAAAUAUACUCUUAGAAAAGACUGGUAUAUUAUU